AGUUACCAUAAAAGAUUCAAAUGAUAAUAUAUUAGAUACAAAGAAGUUACUCAUUGCAUAAUAAUAAAAGGAAGAAGAAUAACAUAUUAAAUAAAAAGAAGAUUGAUAUAUUCAUAAUAUAAUCAAUUAUAUUAAGAAAGAAGAUAAUCGGAAAGAGAAAUUAGAAUAAGGAGUAAAGAAAUAAGAAUAAAGAUUAAGUGAUAUGUAUAAUCAAAUUAGUCAGUCUCUAGGGAAGAAUGAUGAAGCAAAAUCAGUACAUUCUGAAAAAACUUAAAGUAUAAUUUCUAAUUCAUUAGAUUCAAUAAAUUAAUUAAGAAAGAGAUAAGAAUUAAUUGAAUAAGGUAAAUAGGAUUGGGAGAAGAUAACUUCUAAUGGAGUUCAAAAAGCUUCAUUAGAAGAUUGUAUUGCUAAACAUGUAGCUAAUGAAAUUCUUAAUCAAUAUAAAGUAAAAUAUAUUUAUUAUUAUUUAUAGAAUAUAUCUAAUGUAUACCAGAACCUUUGAUUUCAAGUAUAAAAAAUGA